AUGGUUCUUGAAGUCGUUCUAUGUAUUACAGGCACGGGCAAUAAUUGCAAUGGAGACCAUGAUGGAGACUAUGACAGAAACAAUUACAGAGACGGUGGUAGAGACCAUGACAGAGGUGGCAGUAGAGGCAACUACGGAGAUAAUAUUAAAAGUCAAGGCAUAAACGAUGGCACAAAUUCCAAUAAUGCUAAUAGUAGCAUUACUGCCACUUCUGCUGAUGAGAAUAGCCAUCCACAAACUACAAGUUCAAAUACAAUCAAUUCGAUUCCAAACAAAUCAAAUACAACCAAUUCGACAGGAUCAAUUCCAAACAAUUCUAAUAGAACCAGUUCGACAGGGUCAAUUACAAAAAAUUUAAUUCCAACAAGCACAUCGCAAUCCAACUCAACGAAUACACAAUCUAUACAACCAACACAUACUUUAAUAGGAUCAAAUAAAUCAGUAUCAGCAGACGCAGAUACAGCAACGAAUCCUUUUGAUUCAGAAUCACCAUUUCAUAUACCAAUAAUUAUUGGAAUUGUAAUAAUCGCAUUGAUAAUAAUUCUUAUAUCAUAUUGUUUAUUAAAGAAAACGGUUUUCAAAAAGCCAUAUGGAUCACCUAAUAAUGGAUACAUACUUCAUAAUCCUAUGGGUGAAAAUGAGCCUGGCAUAAGUUGGAAAACAAGUUCACUUGAUAGUGAUACAGAAAUUCAACCACCAGCAAUCGCAAUGGCAUCUAACAGGAGCUCAAUGGUACGAAUUGAUCAAUUAAUAAAUAUAGAUUUAAAUGAAGAUAAUAAUCUUAGUAAUAUGUCAGAUGCACAAGAUUUCUUGGAGCCGGCUCGAAGGUCAAGUGCAUUUUUGGAUUAUCGGUAUCCUAAUGACUUUUACCGAUAUUCAGGGACAACUUUGGAAAAUGUUGAACAUGAAACUAUUCAACAACCAGCUGCCGCAUUUAUUUAG